AUGCCUUUCACCGCUUCCGAUAUCAUCAAGAUCAUCUUCGCCAUCUUCAUUCCCCCAUUGGGCGUAUUCCUCGAGCGCGGCUGUAAUGCGGACUUCUGCAUCAACAUCCUGUUGACUAUCCUGGGUUACAUUCCCGGCAUCAUUCACGCCUUGUAUAUCAUAUUGAAAUUCUGA